AUGAACGUGGCCUCUUCGGAACCUGGCAGGCGCGAGGUCGGUUCGCAGGCGCAGACCCAGGCGUCGCUGAAGCGUAGAAGGAUCGCAUCUCCCUCCCGUCCUCCGGUUCCAUGUAAUCAGUGCGCGAAGACGUUUACGCGGAAGAAAAACCUUUACGAUCAUAUACUCCGCCAUCGGAAUAGUCGAGAUUAUGCUUGCGACCAAGUGGCGUGUCUGUCUCGAUUUAACACAAGGGGAGAUUUGGCUAGACAUGCACGCGUGGUACAUGGAUCGCGCCCGCAAAGGUUGGGCUCCUCACGUCUAUCCGGCGCUGUGUCUUCCCAGUACUAG